GGUACCGGUGUCGCGUCCGUCGUCCCACCCUUUUUCCGUCGGUUUUCCGCUUCUCGUCGGGGAACGGUUUUCGCGAAUGAGACGAGACCCACCGCUAUGUUGUUCCCCGCGUUCCAGUGACGGGCAACGAACGGACCGGACCGGCCGCUGAAAGGGGGAGAUAGACAGUGCGUUCAGAGUGACGGAGUCCGAGCUGGCGCAAGCGAAAGUGGAUAACGUAGAGGGAAACGAGGGGAGAAACACGGACGAACGGGGAUAGAAGGAUAGAUAAAAGGAACGAAAGGAAAAAAAAGAAACGAGCAGCUUUCCUUAGGUUACCCUCCCGAACGAUAGGACACCGCCAACGUCAGCAGCAACGUCGGCAUCCUGUACGAUCAGCGUACGUUCACGACGAAAGAAACCUCCAUAUUUCAUAGUAGCUGCUCGCUCUUUCCUACAUUCCGCCUGUAGUGUGGCCCGUGACCGAGGUGUCCUGGACCUCCGCCGGAAAUCGUAUCCCCCCUCCUCCGGAAUUCGUACCGACGGACCAAUCCGUCGCGAUGGAAAAUAGUCCCCUCAAGCAAAGGACUCUACAAAGCAGAAGUCGUGUGAACGUGUGGGCCAUGCCCUUGGUCAUUCUGAGGUCAACUACCAGGUUAAUAUUUGUUAAGAAUUAAAAGACACAAUAAGCUUCAAUGGUCAAAAUGACCGCGGAGAAGAUUUUAAGAUGGAUAUCAUAUACGCUUAUUGUGAGCGAAUGUCACAAUUGGAAGGGUCACGACGAAGAUGGCUCGAAGCUGAUACGGAUCAAUGGCGACGUUAUCCUUGGAGGAAUUUUCCCAAUGCACGAACAGGUAUCAGGUUCCAUGGGUCAAUCGCCAUGCGGCGCGGUAAAAGAAGAAAAAGGAAUGCAGCGUUUGGAGGCUAUGCUGUACAUCCUCGACGAGAUAAACGCGGACAAUGAUUUAUUACCGAACACCACCUUGGGCGCCCUUAUUCUUGACUCCUGCAGCAGCGACACUUACGCCCUCGAUCAAAGCAUGGAAUUUGUCAGAUCGUACAUGAACCAAGAUAUAUCGGAAUAUAAAUGUGAAAAUGAUAAGCCGCCUACGUAUGAGCCACACAAACCUGUGACUGGCGUUAUUGGAGCUUCUUUCAGCGUAGUUUCAAUUAUGGUCGCCAAUAUUUUAAGAUUGUUCAAGAUACCGCAAAUAAGCUAUGCAUCAACCAGCACAGAGCUGUCGGAUAAAAGUCGCUUCGAGUAUUUCAGUAGAGUGGUGCCGCCAGAUAAUUUUCAGGCGCAGGCCAUGGUGGAAGUUAUCCAUCAACUCGGCUGGAAGUACGUUUCCACAGUCGCAGUUGAAGGUGAUUACGGAGAGAAGGGAAUCGCCAGUUUUAUCUCCCUGUCGGUAGAAUAUGGUAUCUGUGUAGCAGUUAGCGAAAAAAUCCUGAGAAACUCGAAAAGCGAAGACUUUGAUAAGAUUAUUGAUCGUCUUAGUUCGAAAUAUAACGCCAGAGGUGUCAUUCUGUUCGUCGACGAGGAUAACAUAAGGAAGCUUCUUCAAGCAACUGUCAGAGCCAAUCGCACAGGUCAUUUUUUGUGGGUGGGCAGUGAUUCAUGGGGCGCAAAAGUGUACCCAGUAAGGCAUCAAGAAUUUGCAGCGGAGGGUGCAAUCACGAUUUUACCUUACCGAACAUCGCUGAAAGAUUUCGACAACUACUAUCUGAACCUUCGGCCCAGGGUGGAUAACGAGUGCGACGGUCAAACUGAAAAUAACGUACCGCAUAAGCACUUACCUGGGAAAAUAGUAAAUUGUCGAAACGUGUGGUUCCGCGAAUUUUGGUCCCAGCAUCAUAAAUGCAGCUUCAGCGCGAACUUGUCGGAAGGGGUAACACGUUGCACUGGUAGCGAAGAAUUGGUUAAUUAUGAGCAGGAAGGCUUGGUACCAUUCGUCGUUGACGCGGUUUAUGCGAUGGCGCAUGGUGUACACAAUUUAAUUGAAGAAGAGUGCGUGAACAGCAUAGGAACAAUACACUAUUUGUGUGAGAAGCUUCGUCCAGCUCCUGACGGCCAUCAACUUCUACAACACAUUCGAAAUGUCAGCUUCACCGGUCGCCAGGGUACAGAAAUUAAAUUCAAAGCUGACGGCGAUGCAUAUGGAUUUUAUAACAUAUAUCAAUACCAGAGAAACGAGGAUGGCACUUUUGAUUACGUCCUCAUCGGUUCGUGGAAAGAAGAAUUGACACUGUAUAUCAACAUGACAAGAUGGACAAUGGGGGCUGGUGAAACGAAUAUUCCUCGAAGCUUAUGUAGCGACACUUGUCCAUUAGGCCAUGUUCGCAAUUUCCAGGACGCCUGUUGUUGGAGUUGUGUCGCGUGUCGAGAGGACUCUUAUGUUUUCAAUGACACUUGUCGCAGUUGCGGUCCGGGCUACGCGCCGGACGAGACAAUGACAAAUUGCGUGAAACUCACCGCCGAAGUCAUUCCAUGGUCCAGUCCAUGGGCAUUAGUGCCAUUAAUAUUCGCCUCUAUCGGCAUACUCAGCACUUUAUUUACUACGAUCGUUUUCAUUCGCUUCAACCGCACUCCAGUAAUCAUGGCCUCGGGACGCGAGUUAUGUUACGUAUUAUUAGUAGGAAUCCUAUCAUGCUACGGUAUGAGUUUUGUGAUAUUAAGCAAGCCGACCACGUGGAACUGCACAUAUCUGAGGAUCGGUUUGGGUCUCUGUUUGAGCAUCUGUUACAGCGCGAUAUUAACGAAAACGAAUCGAAUAUCGCGCAUCUUCAACCAAGAAACGAAAAGUAUAAAGCGACCACCCUAUACGUCGCCCAGAAGCCAAGUGGUGAUUGCAAUCGGGAUCACUGCAGUGCAAUUAGUCGGUGCUAUCGUGUGGCUCAUUAUCGAACCACCGGACACCACGGAAAUCCAUCCUUAUCCGUUAUCAGCGGUACUUACGUGCCGCGUAUCGACAUUCUCCCUGAUGAUGUCCCUCGUGUACAAUAUGUUCCUAAUACUCAUGUGUACUCUGUACGCGUUCAAGACACGAAAAAUACCGGAGAACUUCAACGAAGCGAAGUAUAUUGGUUUUACAAUGUACUCGACCUGCAUCGUAUGGUUAGCAUUCGUGCCGAUCUAUUUCGGCUCGAACAACGACUACAAGGUACAGAUAGCAAGUAUGUGCAUGUGUAUCAACAUCUCUGCGUCAGUGGCUCUCGGUUGCCUCUUCACGCCGAAAGUGUAUCUAGUCCUCUUUCAACCAUACAAAAAUGUUCGACCUGGACAUUCCAAUACGGGUGGACUGCAAAGCGGUAACCGUGCAGCAUACAGCAUGCGAUUCUCCGGUGGCCGCAGCCAAACGAUGCAGAGCAUGACCUCUUGUUCUCGUAGCAGUCCACCGGGAUCGCGUCCCGGCCAGGACGAGAUGAAGCACGCCAACGAGUGUCAGGCGAGAAAUCGUGAAAUCGCGGUGGAGGUGUAUAACGAUAACGAGGAGGACCGUAAACUCUCGACGGUCCACGAAGUCUCUGAAUCGAGGGACGUUUCCAGUCCGUCUGUAUUCAGCGACAAUUGCAGGAAUCGAAGUCGCAAAUCGGUCUCCAGCGAUUCCGAUCAGUCGGGCGAUCCAGAGCGUAAGGUGCGCGUGGGAACGAUCAGUUGCCUCUUCGAAAAAGUGGUAUCGCAUAAGAUGGAUGUUAACAUAUUGCCCAAUGAAGAUCAAACUUUCCACAUUUACAGCGAUUCGCCGACAUUCUCCGAUUUUUCAUCGUAACCUGCGACAUUUAACGGUAGAAUCGACGUAAUACACACACGUUACCACCCACGAUUUAUUAAUAUACUAAAUAUUUAUUGUUCUAUGUAUACACGUAUGACAACAAACUAUUUGUAUAUUAAUAAACGUUCUCCAGUUCACCAUUUUACCAUCGAAAAUGCGUAACACGUGUCACGAAAUUUGUCACGAGAAAGCAAAUCAAAAGCAUAUUCAGUGAAAUCACUGUCAACUAGGGAAAAAGUGCGAUUUUUAUUUCAACAAUAACGAUAUUUCAACUUCGUUCGAUGUUAGUUUUGUUGCUACCGAUUUUUCGAUGACGUUCGAAUUUGCUGUUUUGUGGACAUAGUUACAAGAAUCGAACAGUAAUUUUGAUAAUACUGAAAUUCGAUGAUCAAUGAUACUCAAAGCAUAAGAAUGACGAACUCUGUUAGUUCCUUAUACAUUCUUAAACGUAGAAAAUACAGCGGUAUUAACCCUUCACAGUCUGUUAGAAUGAAAAGAAAGUCUCCGAGAACUGUCUAUAUCUUUUUUCAAUAACUGACUUUAUUAUGUACAAACCGAAAUGAGAAGAACAUAUCGUUUCACGUUUUUAUUGUACCCAAAUUUUUGAAGUAUUCAACAUUUUUAUAAAACUUGACAGAAGGUACAUUUAAACCAUUUUUUAUUUUCAUUA